GGCCGAUGCUUUGCCUCACGUACACAACUCGAUGAUGAUAGGCGGCUUGACAACGAGAGUUUGAUCACUAAGCUGUGUUGUCAGCACGGUUCGUCCGCUUCCCAUGUACAAUGUUACACCCAAAGAAGCUGCCUUGUGGUUCAUUAUUCAAUCCCAACGUGUAACUUGGGAGCACCGCUGUGCCUGGUUGCGUGAGCGGAAGCAGAUCGCAAUCCACACGGAUCAUGAACGAUAUGCUAUUUGCGGUUGAGUAGUAUACCUCAGUAUCUUUCAAUUCUCUUGUAUCAUACGCAUUAUUCGCGUCAUGAUCCUUAUUGAACCCUUUGAAGUAUAACAUAUAUUUCCCCACAAACAUGUCUGCAACCCAGCGAGAAGCAUCUAAUGGGACGGUGAACAUGGAGGAAGAUAAGUCUUAUCUUGAUCACAAGCAGAAUGGUCUGUCUCCGGGAGAAUCGACUGAGCAGUCCACUGAGCCUAAGCCUGGACUACUGAAGAGGACAGCCGCGAAGGUCAAUCUGGAUUUCCCGUCGCUCUUAUUGAUGCUCAAAGGAGGUCUGGCGCCAGCGAUUGCUCUCGCAGCCUAUCAAAGCGACCGGUGGGCAAAGACGUAUUCAACCUUGGGAUAUCUGGUCGCAAUCAUCUCGAUGAUGUCCUUGCCCAUACUUCCUCGGGCGAAAUUUGCUCAGUCCCUCAUCACCGCUCUAUUCACCAUAUGCUUCGCAGCCGCAAUGGCGUUGCUUUCUAUUCAAUGCGCCGUUGCCGCUCGUCAAGGCGGGCACCAACGGCCUAGUUCGACCGCGACUGGGUCUUCUGGAAGUGCGCAAACGACGCGCUACAGUGCAGCCGCCAGUGUCACAGCAUGUGUUUGGCUCUUUUUCAAUCUGUACAUUGCAAACACGAUCCGGGCACUGCGACCUCAAUUGUUCAUUGUGUCCAUACAAUACAUCAUCUUCACUAUUGUUGUGUCUACGUAUGCUCCGUCUUUCCCCAAUAUGGCGGCGGGCAUGAACUUCGUGGACAGAAUGCUCAAGGUCUUUCUCACGGGGUAUGGUCUGGCAACCGGGGUUUCUCUAUUGAUCGUCCCAGUGUCCUCCAGAAUGAUAUCUUACAAACAAAUGGCGGGAGUGCUCAAUCUCAUGAAGGAGUGUCUGGCUCUUCAUGAAGCAUAUCUCCGUGGCAUUGCCGGGGUUUUGGAAGGUGGUGCUGAAAGUCUGGAUCAGGACGGCAACCCAGUCUUUGUACGAAACGAUCGCAAAAGGAGCGAGUCACUGCAACAGGCCGAAGACGCCGCGAAGAAGUUGACAUUAAAACUCCAGCAAACUUCACAGUUAUUCGGCCAACUGAAGAUUGAGAUCGGCUUUGCAAAGAAAGAAAUGGGAUGGGGCAAGCUGCAAGCUGGCGAUUUCAGCAAAAUCUGGAGUCAUCUGCAAAGCAUUCUUCUGCCUCUUAGUGGACUGUCGACUUUUAUUGAUAUUUUGCAUUCCGUCAAGCAGCACAAAGUCGAAGGAGAGAACCUGAUAUCUGACUUGGGGACUGUUGAAGCCAUUAGACGUCUCGAGGAGGACGAGUGGCACGAAGUCAUAGCCAUGACGCGUCAACCAUUCCAAAAAGUCAGGCGCGGCUUGAUUGACGGGUUGUCACAUAUAUGCUACGUGCUGGAACUCUCUCCGCGACCCAAAGCGGCGAGCAAAGAUGUUGAGAAAGCUGGUGAUGCACCGCCAGAGCCGGGUGAUCCCACGUUUGCAAAACACUUGGAGUCCUUGAUUACGUCGUUUGAAACACAUCGCCAGGAUACAGUGCGAAGAUGGUGCGAACAGAAAGGGUUAGAUGUGCCGGCCAAGUUUUGGGAAGACCCUGCUGCUCAGUACAGAUUUGACGACCUGGGAGCUCUGGAUGAAACUGUGCGCCGAAAGGAGAACCAUCAGCAAUUGUACCUCAUCCUCUACCUUGAAUACCUGCUCCACUCAGUCUGCUUGACAGUCCUGGAUAUGGUGAAGUUCGCCGACUCCAAGGUUCAAGAUGGAACCAUGAAGAAGAACAAAAUCAUACACCCGGGCUGGAGGCGGAUCAGAAAGUUGGUGCAGAGUUCGUUCAUGCAAGCCGACUCAGACCAAGGGUCUCCCGAUGGAGAAGCCGGCGGCAUCAUCGUCUCUCUUGGGGCAUCUCUAACACAAGGGAAGAAAGACCCUGAGCAUCUCCCCCCUACAACAUGGUAUCAAAAGGUCACAGACCAUCUGAGAUCCAUUCCGAAAUUCCUGGCCUCUCCAGAAUCCGCCUUUGGCUUUCGAGCAGCCGUUGCUAGCACCAGCCUUGCAAUCAUCGGGUUCAUCCGGCAGACCAGUUCAUUCUAUCUCGCACAGCGUGGCAUAUGGGCCGUCAUCAUGGUGGCCAUCUCCAUGGGCCCAACUGCCGGCGUGGGCGUGCAGGGGUUCAUUGCUCGGGUCCUAGGCACCGCAGUCGCAACCGUGGCAGCCAUUGCAAUCUGGUACAUGUCGGACCACAAGCCCGCGGCCGUGAUUCCACUGUCAUACAUCUACUUCGUGUGCGGCUUCUAUUUUAUCCUGAAGAAGCCCAAGUAUCUGAUUGCAGCGGUCAUCUCGAUCGUCACGGUGAUAUUGAUUAUUGGUUACGAGCUUCAAGACACCAAAGUGGGCACACGGAUCCUGACUGCCAACGGGCAAGAAUACUACAAGACGUAUCUGCUUGCUCCGUACCGACUGGCCUCUGUGGUGGCAGGCAUCGCCGUCGCAUUCAUCUGGACUUACUUCCCAUACCCGAUCACGACGCACGCCACGUUGCGCAAGGACUUGGGUUCCACCUUGUGCCUCAUGGCAAACUAUUACUCGGUCACGCAUUCGACUGUAGAAACGAAGCUGCGGCACGGCGAGUUGGGAGGUGGUUUCGACGACAAGUCUUCUCCUGUCAGAAGACUCGACAAGGCUCGACAUAAGCUGUUUGAAAAAGUAAUGGUCAUGAUGAACCGGCUGCGUGAACAUUCCGCUUUUACUGUCUAUGAGCCCACGUUUGGCGGCAAAUUUCCCAAACAGACUUACGACGAGCUCAUUGUCCACAUGCAGCGGCUGUUCAAUUAUAUGGCUUUGACGGCGUGGUCAGCGCAGGCCUUUUGCUCGAGUGAUCGCUUGUACGCGAACCAGCAGAACGAACAAUUGAACUCGAACAAUCUCCAGCGGGAGAACCUCCAGCACGAAGAAAGCCAGUGGUUACGUGACUUUCGCCGUCUGACCGCCCAAUCCACCCUCACCAGCCACGAACUCACGUCGACGCUGUAUCUGCUGUCGGCGAGCAUGUCCAAUGUCCAGCCCCUGCCGCCGUACUUGCGCGUCCCGGCCCCGAUCGACAUUGCGGACCAGCUGGCCGCUAUUGACCCAGGCAUCCUGAGUACCAAGCACAUCAAUGAGCCGUGCUAUGCUGCCUUUGCUGUCCUUGAAAUCGCAAGUAUUCUCAUCAUGCAGGAAAUGGUCCAUGUGCUUGCCAAAGUCAAAGAGUUGGUUGGUGAGGUUGAUUUCUCCGUCCGUAUGGUCGGCACGGAGACGAGUUCGGCGGAUAACUCGUCGGUGAGGUUGGAUGGAAAUGGCAAUGGCAAUGGCAAUGGCGGCAAGGGCAAGGCUGAUUGAUGCUACGACUCGGACUUGUACUGGUCGUCGUCUACUCCUGCAGUGGGUCCAAAGUGUUGCAUGGAGUUCAUCACUUAACAUUUGCUUGCUUCCAUACCUAGGUAUGUUUGAUUUUACAGCAGAGUGGGAGUUGGAAGGGUUAGAGUUGGAGUGCCAGGAGGACCAACAGGACAAUAAAGGAGGAACGAUGAAUCCGUUAAUUAUAUUGAGGGAAUCCACCACGUAAACGAGUGGGAAUAACGAGUGGGAAUUGUCGAGCGACUUGUUUGAAGUCAUUUCCUUCCAUUCACCUCAGUGUCCCUUUUCCUUGGGCGUUCCCAAUGCUUAAAAUUCAAACAGAUAAAAUAGAUAGCCUAGCCUGGCUCCGGGGUAUCUCGAAGAGUCAAAAUGUUGAAUGAAUGGGACCAUAAAGAUCGGUCCGUGUCAGAAGAGCCGCUCCCAGGAAUUCCG